CGAGCCGUGGUCCUUCAGAUGGUGAGCGAGCAUGACCCUUGAGUUCAGGGCGCGUCAAUCACAUCAAGGAAACUCGGAAGGGCAUGAUAACUAUCAUCCUAGGCAAAUUGAUGAGCGGACAUGAUCGUUUUUCUUCGGUCAAGAGGAAGCAACUACAGUUACUGGUCUACACGUUGUGACAAGACUAUGUAUGAGGGGUAAUGCGAAAAGGAGAGAAGACUAGGCGGCAUCUGAUACUCUUGAUGCUAGCAGGGAGAAACUUGAUACCCAAUUGCUCUACGCUGUUGUGUACGUACUGGCACCUGACGUCAAAUUCUGGAGACGAUGGACCGUCUACUCGGAUUGUAGUAGCUCCUAAAUUUAUUCCCAUGUGCAUUGCACUACAGCAACACAUGCUCAAUUUUAGCGUGGUGCGUUAUCGUGCAAUCUCCUCCUCGCGGUAUCACCGAACUGAGGUCCAAAAUGCUUUUGAUACAUCCAAUAACUCGACCACAACGUAUCAUCACCGGCAAGCUUGAGUCUCUCAUCGGUGUCUCAUUUGCUGUUGGAGCUCGCCGACAUGGUCAACCCAGUGCUGCUGGGGCAACUCGGAGUUUCUACUCCACCGCCCCAGUGAAUCCAUUCCCUGCGGCGAAUCCUUCCACCUCGAACCUAGUGCGUGGUUGCGACCCCGCCGUGGGCUGCUUCUCGCUGUCAGCUUCGAAUCUUAUCCCAGUCAACAACUCUUUCCACACAACAACCCCAAGUCGCUUCAGCAUUCGUAGCAACUCGUUCAGCAAGAUGGCCGCCACCAAGGACUACAGACUUCUCUGCCUUGAGAAUCCCCUUCUCGACAUCCAAGCCUUUGGCGAUGAGGCUCUCCUCGAGAAGUACGGCCUCAAGGCCAACGACGCCAUCCUCGCCGAGGAGAAGCACCAGGGCCUCUUCGAGGACCUCCUCCAGAACUACGAUGCUAAGCUGAUCGCCGGUGGCGCUGCCCAGAACACCGCCCGCGGUGCUCAGUACCUCCUCCCUCCCAACAGCGUCGUCUACCUCGGCGGUGUCGGUGACGACAAGUACGCUGCUAUCCUCCACGAUGCUGUCAAGCAGGCCGGCCUCCGCGUCGAGUACCGUGUCGACCCCAAGAUCAGCACCGGCCGUUGCGGUGUUGUCAUCACUGGCCACAACCGCUCCAUGUGCACUGAGCUCGGUGCCGCCAACCACUACGACCUUGAGCACUUGAAGAAGCCCGAGGUUUGGUCCCUUGUCGAGAACGCCGAGGUCUACUAUGUCGGCGGCUACCACUUCACCGUCUGCCCUCCCGCCAUCAUGGAGCUCGCUAAGCAGGCUGCCAGCGGCAACAAGCCCUUCAUCCUCUCGCUCUCCGCCCCCUUCAUCUGCCAGUUCUUCAAGGAACCCCUUGAUGCCUCCGCUCCCUACUGGGACUACGUGAUCGGCAAUGAGGGCGAGGCCGCCGCCUACGCCGAGUCCCACGGCCUCAACACCACCGAUGUUAAGGAGAUCGCAAAGGCUCUUGCCAACCUUCCCAAGGAGAACACCCAGCGCAAGCGCGUUGCCAUCAUCACCCAGGGCACCGAGCCUACCAUCGUUGCCAUCCAGGGUGAGGAUGAGGUCAAGGAGUACCCCGUCCACUCCAUCGACCCCGCCAAGAUCAACGACACCAACGGUGCCGGUGACGCCUUCGCUGGCGGCUUCGCUGCCGGUGUCGUCGAGGGCAAGUCUAUCGAGGAGUCCAUUCACAUGGGCCAAUGGCUCGCUAAGCUCUCCAUCCAGGAGCUCGGUCCCUCCUACCCCUUCCCCAAGCAGGCUUACCCCGGCCACAACUAAAUCUGGGAGACCAGUUUCGUUGGCUAGCAGGGCGUGAAUUGAAGAAGAAGUAGAAGAGUUGUUAGUAGAGCGUUCUUGUUCAGCGCAAUAGGAGAAGAGGCGUUGGUUGU